AUGUCUACUACUAACCAAUUAAUUAAAAAUCCCCGUGUAUUCAAACAAAAAAAGGUAAAAUUAUUAGCCUUAAAACAUAAUUCCACUAAUAAUGGUAAAAAAAAGAGAAUUUACUCUUCCAACAACCCUCAAAAAUUAGGACACUGCCAAAAAGUAGGAGUGUUGAAACCAAUGAAACCUAACUCAGCCAAUCGAGCCUAUGCACGGGUUUCUCUUGUAAAUGGAAAAGAAAUUACGGUUUAUAUUCCUGGCGUAAAGCAUAAUUUAAACGAAUUCUCCUCCGUUUUAAUUAGCGGAAGAGGAGCCAAAGAUUUACCAGGAGUGAAAUACCGUGUAAUCCGUGGUUAUAAACAUGGUGAUGCCGAAGGAGUAAAAGAGAGGAAGCAAGGUCGUUCCCUUUAUGGAGCCAAGAAAGCAAAAAAAGAAAAAGGAGCCUUACCAUAUGUUAUUCCUAGCCUCGCUUUUGGAUUUCUCCAUAACGAUAAUAGAGCCUUGUUGUGUAUUCCAAAAACUCACCCUGCCUUAACUAAUAUUAUUGACAUUAAUGACCAUGAAGUUUUUUUUUCAAAAAGAGAUAUUUACCAAAAGGUUCGAGGAUUAAGCCAAUUAGAGGAAGCACAAAAAAAUAAAGAGUUGAGUAAACUAGAAAAAAUUAAGGUGGGCGACUUUUUGCAAUCGGAUUUAUUAGCAAAAAUUAAUUUCGCUAGCAGUUUAUUAGUGAACGGCAAACUAAUAUUAACCCCUGCCAGAGAACAAAGUUGUGAAUUACAAGUUUCUGAAAUUGAAUUGGUUAACUCGACCGUUGACGAUUAUCCCUUUCAAAAAAAAAAUAUUCCCUUGGAAGUAGUUCGUAAUUUUCCCCAUUUACGAGCCAAAACUAACUAUUUUUUGGCAAUUUUUCGCUUGCGUCAUUCUAUCAGUAAAGCCAUUCAUGACUUUUUUCACCAAGCAGGGUUUUAUUAUGUUCCCACCCCGCUUAUGACCAGUAACGACACCGAAGGAGCCGGAGAGUUAUUUAAUAUUACCACUAAUGAAAAAGAACCUUUUUUCUCCAAACCGGCCACCUUGACUGUCAGUGGACAACUUCAAGCUGAGGCACUAGCCCAAGGAUUAGAUAAAAUAACUACUUUAGCUGAAAAACUAGUAAAGUAUGUAAUAAAUUAUGUAUUAAUCAAUAAUUAUUCCGAGUUAGAAUAUUUAGAAAAACAUAACCAAAAAGAAUUAAUUAAUAAAUUAAAAAGACUGAACAAUGAAAAAUUUGAAAAGUCAGAGCACGAAAAAUAUCUUUGUCAACAUUUUAAUAAUAAACCAGUUUUGGUGGUUAACUAUCCCAUUAAUUUAAAAGCUUUUUACAUGAAAAAUAAUUCUGAUGGCAAAACUGUGGCUUGCUUUGAUUUACUAUUUCCGGAAAUAGGAGAAUUAAUUGGUGGCAGCGUGCGAGAAGAUAACUAUCAAAUUUUAAGAGAAAAGGCUCAAAAAAUAGGUUUAGAAAGAUUAAUUAUGUUGAUCAGUGGCACCGAAAAUAUUCGAGAUACCAUUGCUUUUCCUCGCUUUCCGGGAAAAAUAGAAUUCUAA